GAGAUUUAUUCUCAAUAUGUAAUUCAGAUGGCAAAAAAAGGUUAUACAAUAAUCGAUCAUCUCUCUCAACCUCUAUGCUUAAUUAUUGAUAUUGAUACAAGACAAAAACCUGAUUCAAAUAAUCCUAAACAUGCUUCUUUAGAUAGUGAAAAAAUUAACCAAGAAGAUUUAAUAUCUCAAAUUUUAGUCGCUUGUGCAGAUGUAUUAAGCCUUAUUCCUGAUUGUAUACUUUUCUUAAAUUCUUUUGCCUUAGCUAAACUUAAGAGUUUUACAGAAAAAGUUAUGGAAUUAGUUGAGGAACCUUAUUUAAAAUUUAUUGAUGUUGGUCUUCCUAAGUUAUGUUUUAGUCUUCGACUUCUUGGAUUAGCAAAAGAGGGGUCAGAAGAGGAAUUUAAACCUAUUGAUGAUGAUGAUGCUUUGGUUAAAGGAGCUAAUUUAACUAUUGCAGAAUAUGGAUUAUAUGAAAGAUUACUCAAAGCUCUAUCAACUCCACAUCAAUUUCCUGAAUUACUUAGAGAAAGUAUUAAUGUAAAAGAAAUGGAGGAUGCCUUAGAUGCUUUCUCAGAUUUUUUAAGUGAAGAGCCUAGUACUACUCUUAUUUGUUCUGCUAUAGGCACUGGAAAAACAAAAACAUUAAGAAAAAUUUUGGCAUCUUUAGCUCAAACUAAACUUAAAGAAUUAGAAAAAUUCGAUUUCAGAGUAGAGCAAUAUCAGAAUAUUGUAGCUGAUUUAAAGACGCAUGUGUGGGAUCUUAUUAUUGUACAGGUUGAAAGUAUUCUUCAUCUUGGUUUUCAAAGGGACUGUUCUUGUAUUGCAAUUUUAGAUGAAGCAAAUACUACUAUGCGUCAAAUGGCUAGUUCAGAAGGUAUAUAUAGAGGUUUUAAGAUACUUCAAGAAAAUGGGAAACAAUACCAAGAUAAUUUUGCUAAUAUUGAUGCCACCUGGAGUGCUCUUAACUGUAUAAUUUAUACAAGUACUAUAGAAGCUAGCAUCUGCUUUGAAAUAUCUAGUUAUUUUGAUACAGUUAUAGGAAUUACUAAUAUUGCUACUUCUGUCUAUGUUGAAGCAUUUGCUCAGAUAUUGUUCAGAAUCUGUGACUACUCAUUACAUAUAGAUAAAAUUGCUGACUAUUAUGCACUUAAUUUAUCUCCAGCAGUAGAAACCUAUAUUGAAGUUGAAUAUCAAAGAUGCUUAUUAGCUAAAUACUUUUCUGAAAUUCUUUGUAGUCUUAUUGCUAGUACUGGAGCAACACUUGAAUUAAUUUUAGUGGAAGAUACUGAAAAAAUCAACAGGAAUAAAAUUUCUUAUACAAUUAAAAAUACUGAGAAAAAAAUUAAAAGUGCAGACGCAGAAUCAAUAGCUAAUACUUCAAAUAUUAGUUUCAAUAAAGCUAAAAUUCUUAAGCAAAAUCCUAUAUGCUCUUUUGCUAAUAACAUGACUUUACAACUUAAGCUUUGUGACAUAGAUUUCAUAAAAAGAUAUAAUAAUUCUGAACUUUUACAGCAUUUUAGAAGGCAAGCAUAUUUCAAAAGACAAGGCUUUAAAGAUAUAGAUGAUAUGAAUAUUCUUUCUAAUGAUGAUAUAGCUAAAACUUUUGAGCAAUCACAGGAAAAAAUUAUUAAAAUUCGAGAAGAUGCAUUAUUACUCUUUGGCUUUAAAACCAGAGCUAAAGGAAUACCAGAUCUUAAUGCUACAAUAAAAUUUAUUAAUAAGAAAACUUAUUGGAUUUAUUACAAACUAUAUGGUAGAGAUAAUUUUGUAACUCAAGAAGAAAUAAUAGCUAUAAAAGUGAAUAAUUCUAAAUAUUUCCCUAUAGGUCCAAUUCUUCUAUUAUAUAAACCAGAAUUGAUUGAUGAAACUCAGGAUCUUUUCGAUUCUAUAUCUAUUACUAAUAAUAUUACUUUAGAAUAUACAAAGCAUAAAGUUUCUAACUUAUCUAAUAAUGAGAUUGACGAAAAAGAUUUAUUCUUAGAAAUGCUAGCUCAAUAUAAUGCAGAAUAUAGAAAGAAUUCUUCUCAAGAUAUAUGCCACAUUGAUAUUACUAUUUUUGAAACCAAUGCAUAUUAG